AUGGCACCAAAAGCAGAGAAAAAGCCCGCCGAGAAGAAGCCGGCAGAGGAGAAGAAAACUGUGGCAGAGAAAGCCCCAGCAGAGAAGAAGCCGAAGGCUGGCAAGAAGCUCCCAAAGGAAGGCGGAGCAGCAGCAGCCGGAGACAAGAAGAAGAAGAGGGUGAAGAAGAGCACAGAGACAUACAAGAUCUACAUCUUCAAGGUCUUGAAGCAAGUUCAUCCGGACAUCGGGAUCUCAAGCAAAGCCAUGGGUAUCAUGAAUUCCUUCAUUAAUGAUAUUUUCGAGAAGCUUGCUCAGGAAUCCUCAAGACUUGCUAGGUAUAACAAGAAGCCUACGAUCACCUCGAGGGAAAUCCAGACUGCUGUUAGGUUAGUCUUGCCUGGAGAGUUGGCUAAGCAUGCUGUUUCUGAAGGAACCAAGGCUGUCACUAAGUUUACUAGUUCUUGA